AUGGACUUUCCAUCGCAGCAUCCCGACUCGCCUGCCAAGCCCUUAGCAGGCCCAGCUCGCGCUCGAGUGCUUGCUCGUCAGAAUCGCACUUCGUCACUUAAACCGUACUCCAGACCAUCAUCUGGACUCACGCCUUCAGGAUCUAGUGCCUCUCUCCAAACGGACGACGACUCUCCUGUACGCCAAUCGUCCACACCAUCUGCCAAGUCGCUUGCUCCGCCAUCCAUUCAACCCACGCGAUCCGCUUUCUCACCGCUGCGUGUAGCUGCGUCGCCGAUCGCGCUGCUCGGAAGCGUGCGCAAGAUGGUCUCAAAACCGCUUUCGUGGCUCACCAGCGCCGCGGCUUCUGUCGAACCUGAGCUUGGCAUUCCUAUAUCCUCCAGCACCAACUCGCUGUCAUCCAUCGCCCGAAAGCGAGCUACCGCGCGAACCUCCCUUGGCGCUACUGCUAACGAGUCGAGCUACGAAAGGGAUGCGCCCACUCGUGCUGCUAGAGCAGUUGGUGAACGUCUCGCUGCCGGACUCCGAUCUCGCUCCAACCUUCACGAUGACGAGGAGAAUCAGCUGCAUCACCCUCCAUCCACGCUGUCGUCGUCCGUGUCCAUGUCGCGUCUGGCUCCUGGCCCUGCACCCCCCCGUGCCAUCCGCAAUCAGUCUUCUUUCAACCAGAACAGUCCCCUUGCUGGUCCUUCCGUCCUGCCUACCUCGCCGUCCAAGGACAACAAGGUUACGACACCAUGGAGCAGCCGCUCUUCCAAGCGUACCCUCGACGUCAGCACUCGAUCUGUUGACCCCAUCGACUCGGUCGAAGUUUUGAGCGAUGCCAGCCGAGCUUCGCCUUCUCGAGCUCAGCCUCACCAUUUCAGGAGUCAGCACACACUACGCAGCCCGCGCUCUCAAGUGCUUGGCUACCGCGGCUCUUCGCUUCGACCAGACGAUGCUAUGUCCGAAUCUGGGUCGACCUCUUUGUCCCACUCCCACUCGUUCAGCGCAUUUGGAUAUGGCAACGAGGUUCGAUACACCGACAGUGCGUUCGGUCUCCCACCUUCCAGCUCGCCUUUCCAACUCUCAUCUCGCAAUUCUGUCUCUCGACGUGCGCGUGCCCCCUUCACAUCAGGUCUCUUCACCGACGCUGGCACCCCUGGUCGUUCAUCGCGCGCCGGUAGUGUCAGUCUUCGAGGUGCUUCGCCAGCUCCCUCAGCUGGCUACUCUCCUGCGCGACAGCAGCGUGAGGGGACGCCGCAGCGACGCAACUGGAACGGCAUUAACCUUGCUGCUCCUUCUGCGCCAUCUGUGGGCGAUGAAAUGAUGCGCGAGUAUCUUGCAUCACGUACUCUUCCCGGCAUCAACCCUAGCGUAAGACGCAAUCUCGGCCGCCCCGUCGAUGAGCCCAUGGUCACUUCUUCCUCAGUUGCCGGUGGCAGUGUCAUGGACGAGACCGAAUCGCUUACACCUAGUCGUCUCGGCAAACGCGACAUCGAGAUGAGCAUCGAUGGCGACUCUGAACGUCUCGGUACACCAUCCAAACGUCGCAUGGUCUGGCAUCCCGAACUUGGCUUCAUCAGUCACGAAGAGCUUAAGGCACGCGAACCAAAGCUUCCUUCGCCUAAGAACGAAGCCGAGCGCCUUCUCAACGUUCUUGAGACUUUGCGUAAGCCCACGGCCGCCUCAAAAGGAGUCGGUCUCGCUCGUGGACCGCCUUCGCAGAUCCACGUUCCUGCUCCCAUCUCGGACCUCCCUGCCACUAGAAGCACCAAACCGCAAGAAGGCAAGCCAGUUAUUGGCGUUGCUCCUUACACCCGAUAUUUGCGUAAGGCCAAGACUGCGCAGUCCACGGAUGAGCAGUCUGGCAUGAGGGCCAAGUUGAAGAGGAUUCAACGCACCGACAAGCCAGCUGCCGAGGCCGCGGCGAUGGAGCAUUCGGAUGAGUCCGGAAGCGAGCAGGAUGCCGAGCAACAACAGGAUGAAGAAGAAGAGGAGGAGGAAGAAGAGCCAGAGCCACCCCAACCCGAGCCUGUUCGACGAUCUAGGCGCUUGCAACAUCAAGCUCCCACCACCACCAAAGAAGUCACACAGACACCCGUCAAGCAGAUCGACAAGCCCGCCCGCACCGCCCAGCUCAAGUCCGCCUUGAAAGCCACGCCACUCCGAGCUUCCACGCAGCCCGAGGCUACACCUGUCAAAUCUGCCUCUGAAGUGCCCAAGCCGGCUUCUCAUCGUAUCCCUCUCUCGGCUGCCAGCAAGACGCCUUCGAGCGCUCUCAAGAAGGACAAUUUUGCUGUAAAGGCGUCCACUUCGGACACUUCUGCUCCCAGAGAAAGGAGCUCGCUUCGUCAAGGAGCUGCCAAGACGUCUCGUACACACCAGAGCUCAGGCAAGUUCAGUGCCUGGGAUGAAGACGAGGAGGAAGAGGAUCUACCAGACGCUAGUGAGCUUGCAAAGAUCAAGCUUCCCACCAACAUGUUCCCCUCUGGAUUUUCCUUUGGCAGCUCGCCCACUGCAUCGGCUUCCACCGCUACCACCACGAGCAGACCGGACGCUGCCGCGGAAUCCUCCGCCAAGGCUGCUAUCCCAGCUCCUCCGAGCGCAAGCGGCUCUUUGCUCGGCCGUUUGGGAGGCUUUGACUCGUCCACCCCAGCCGCACAGACCGACGAGAAGGAAGCGUCCAGAACGACUGCAGCAGCUCCGUCGUUCUCCUUUUCUGCCCAUUCCAAGGAUGCGCCACACAGCAUGCCCAAGUUCAGCUUUGGCGCUAGCACGGCUCCUAGCACCACGUCAAAGGAGGAUGACAGCGUCGCAAAGAAAUCCGCCGCUCCUGCAUCGUCCGACUUUUUCAGCAAACCCGUUGAGCCUGCCUCAAACACGUCGCUCAAUGAGGGCAAGAAGGACGGUCCCGUGCCCAACUUUUUCGGUAGCACCAUGAAGAAAUUCGAGAGCAAAUCAACAGAGGCUCCUGCUGCGCCCCCUGCAGCUGCCACCGGAGACUUUUCAUUUGGUGCUCCGGCAGCUGCCGGGGAUGCUGCCGCAAGCAAGCCUGCGCCAUUCAAUUUCGGUGCCUCUAAACCAGCUGCAGCCGAGUCUUCGAGCACGCCUACGCCUGCGAGUGCUGCCAGUCCUUUCGGAUCGUUUGGCGCAAAAACAGCAGACUCUGCAGAGAAGAAGCAGGAACCUGCGGCUCCAGGCAGCAAGCCUUCGCUUUUUGGCCCAUCGGCCACCUCUUCUAGCACGAGCGGGUUCAGCUUCGGCGCGCCCGCCACUUCUAGUGCUGUCUCGGGCUCUAAGCGGGGUGCCAACGACGAUGAUGAGCCGGCUGCUAAGAAGAGCAUGCCGAGCUUUUCGUUUGGCGCUCCGGCCGCCCCUGCACCUGCAGCGCCAGCUUCCUCUGGGUUCAGCUUUGGUAACCCGGCGGCGGAAAAGAAGGACGAUGCAACAACGGCUAAGUCCGGCGGGGUACCCAACUUCUUCGGCAGCAAAGGCGAGGAUGCACCCAAGCCUGCUGCCCCAGCUUCGAGCGGUGGGUUCCUGUUUGGCAAGCCAUCGUCUUCCGACAGCAGUGCGGGCAGCACCGGAUUCGGCUCAUCUGAACCGACUGCGACAACUUCAUCGGGUGGAUUUAACUUUAGCGCACCCAACCCAGCCGCAGCCGAUGCGUCAAAGCCUGCAGCGACGGGCGGCUUCAGCUUUGGCGGCGCCGCCUCGAGCGGUAACAACAGUGCUGGAAGCAGUCCUGCACCGGAAGCCAAGCCUGCUACGUCCAGUGCCCCAACAUUCUCGUUUGGUGCGCCGAAGGCUGCCUCUUCCGAUGCGGCUGGUGCAGCGGCUCCUUCGCCAACGGCGUCUGCGCCUGCCUCGGGCACCACCACUCCCACCGCUGGUGCGUUUGUGUUUGGUGCACCGGCUGCCGGCAACAACGGCUCAGCUACCGCCGGCAGUGGUGCAACCAGCAGCAAGCCGGCGAGCAGUGGGUUCUCCUUUGGUGGUGCUGCUGCGGGGACGACGUCCAGUGGUACUGGAAACGGGUUCGGAGCGACUUCUAGCACUGGCGGGUUUGGUGGUUUCGGUGCCAAGCCUGUCGCAGCUCCUUCAGGAGGAGAAAUGAUGGAUGAUUCGCCGCAAAAGACUUCACCUGCGGGGGGCAGCUCUACACCGAGUUUCACGUUUGGUUCUGCUACACCGUCGUCGACUCCUGCGGCGGCGAAACCGGCUGGUGGGAUGUCGUUCACGUUUGGCACUCCUAGUGCGAGCACUCCUGCGGCGGGUGCAGGUGCGAGCGCGUCUGCAUCGCCGUCAACGUUCACGUUCGGUUCCGCGUCCAGCGCUAACAGCAACAGCAACAGCGGGAACACGGGUGCGACGGCCGGAUUCCGGUUCGGAUCGCCUGCUCCUCCAUCGUUAUCGUCGGCGGCUGCUCCCGGGACUGGCUUCACUUUCGGCGCCGGUGCUAUGGGCAGCACUACCCCCGGCGUGGGCUCUGCACCCGCAUCGCCGUUCCUCGCGCCCACGGGUGCAGCACCGCCCACACCGGGGGGAUCGCCGUUCCAGUUUGGGGCUACUACUACGCCGGCUGGUGGUGCUGGUGGUGGUGGUGGUGGCGCGGCGACGCCGACGCCGUUCCAGUUUGGGGCGCCUGCGAGCAGUCAGCCGUCGGCGCCGGGGGCUGGUUCGACCGGGUUUACGUUCGGUGGGGUGUCGCAGCCGUCGACGCCCACGGCGGGCGGGUUCGGCGCGCCGUCAGCGGGGGCCAACGCGGGUGGGUUUGGUGGAGCAGCGGGUGCGCAGGGAGGGUUUGCGUUUGGAACGCCAGCGUCGGCUAACGGCAUGCCUGGGAUGCCAGGCCUUCCGCAGAUGCCGGGGGUGCAGCCGGCGCAGCCGGGACUGUUCAGCAUGGGCGCUGCGCCGAGCAGCAACCCGAACUCGCCCGCGCCGGGCGGCAGGCAGAUCAAGCCGCUGCGUCAGAGGAGGCGAUGA